CAGGCUGACCCCGCGCCCACCCGACUCAUGGCGACGAUGCGCGGGCGCCGCAAUGGGGCACGUUUGGCGCUGCUGCUGCCCGGCGCGGCGCUCGCCUCAGACGCGGCGGCAGGCGCGCAGCCCGUGGUCUUCGAGUUCUACUACGGGCUCGGCUGCGAGAACUGCGAGUACUUCAUGACGCACAUGGGGAAGAACCUGCUGGAGGCGGGCCUGCCUGGCGACCAGGUCCAGGUCACGCUGCUGCCCGUGCUCGGCGGCAGGGGCAGCGCUCCCGAGCUCGCCCACCUCUGCGCCCUGAGGUCCGGCGUGGAAGCGCCCUUCCCCGUGGACUCCCCCGAGCUGGCGAGCGCCGCCAAGUUCGUGGCGUGCGACCUCGGCAACAUCCAGCGCGACCAGGCCAGCGAGGCCGCGGCCAAGGCCUGCGCCGCAGAGGCAGGAGUCGACUGGGACGGCCUCGCGGCCUGCGUGAACGGCGACGAGGGGGUCGGCAUCCUCCAGAGCGCGGCCUUCGCCGCGAAGAUGCAGUCCAUCCGCACGCGGCCGCACUCGGACAGCGAGCCCUACCUGUUCUUCAACGACGCGGGCCUGGACUGCGGCACGCCCUACCCGACCUCCUGCUGGGCGACCUACGGCCCCGACGGCAGCCAGAGGAAGCUGCCCGCGGAGGGCAGCCUGGCCUACGUGGCCUGCUCCGCGCUGCCGGGCCCGCUCCCGGCCGCCUGCAGCGCCCCGUCUGCCGCGGGCGUCGCGCCCGCGGCCGCGGCCGGCGCGGGGCACACGGCCGGGUUGGAGGGCGGCAGCACCACGGUGGCCUGCCAGAACUGCAACGAGGUCGGCUCCUUCAACUGGCUGGACGAGCACCGGGCGCGACCCGCACCGGACAGUCGCUGGCUGCUGGCGGCCGUGUGCGCGCUGUUCAGUCUGGCGGUGCUUGCACGCUCAGGUGUGCUGUGGCGGCGCCCCGAUCCACAGCGCCUGCUCUCGAACGAGUUCGACCAGGGCAGCGAUGCAGAGCAUGCAGUGGAUUAGUUCAGCGCAGUCUGCGUCCUCAUGAUCCUUCUCGGCUGCGCUGGUCACUGUCCAAGGAGAGUUGACUGGUGCUGCACGGGGAAGCAGAGGUGAGGCUUGCUUGGCUCCUCGCCAAGUCCCUUGCUCCUGAGCAACCGAGCUAAAGAUGUUCGUUGCUCUAGUCUGGGGCUGCUAUAUUCGCGUAGCGCCUCGAUAGUCAAUAGAAGUUCGGAGGUUGGGGGGGUGUGACCCAGUGGUGCCGACAGUCAGAUCAUUGGGUAGAUCGCCUGGCGGCUGCCCUCCUGCGCCCGCUUGCGCUGUAGCCCGUGCGCCUUGCGGUGGAUGGCCUUCGCCCGACUGCGAGUCCCACUCUGCUACUUUUUCCAAGCUCGGCGGUCGCCGCAGUGCAAUAGAGAGCGUGGCAGAACUACUACCACGAGCGCUUGCAGCCUUUUCCCAAAAUCAGUGUUCGAUUAUGUUUUGAUCGACCGUUUCGGAUCGUACGUUAGGCUGCAGGCGCCGCCCUGGCGGCCUGUGAGCGGCCUCUCUGCUGCUGCCCACUGGUGGAGCAGCUUGAGUGAAAUGGCAGCGGAGACGAUGAGACGAUAGGGUGACACCCUAAAGCGACAUUUUGCCGUAACGGCGGUGCCGGCCGACGGGGCGAAAGCACAGAAGCGCGAUUAUCUGCACGCGGCCUCGG